AUGCUCGUCUUCACCCGUACGAGGCGCAAGUCUAGGCAUCACCUCCACCACUACCUUGCUAGGUCCACGAUCGAUCGAAAACUCACAAACAUGGACGGGCCACCGAAGCUUCGCUUCAUCCCAAAGCAACGUUUUCGGCGACCUGUGAAGAAGCCUGGGCAGAAGCUUACAGCCGACGACAUCGACCAGCUCAACUUUGUGACGCGGUAUCUCGGGCCCGAAAUCAACAAGAACUCGACAUUUGCGCCGCGGAAGCGAAGAAGAGACGCAGAGGCCAAGGCUCUCAAGCAGGCGGAUGUUCUUAAAAAUAUGCAUGGACAAGAACGGGCGGAGGAGCAUAUGCGCAAGUUUUACGAAGAGCGACAGCGACGCAAGACGGCCGACGAUCGCCUGCUUGGCCGAGUCAAACCUACCCCCUCUAUCCUGGAUACGCUGAGAAGACGCAAUUUCCAAGACCCCACACCUAUUCAGCAGGCUGCGAUCCCCAUCGCAUUAUCGUCCCGGGACAUCAUUGGUGUCGCGAAAACCGGUUCCGGAAAAACGCUUGCGUUUGUCCUUCCUCUCCUCGUAUACAUCUUACAGCUGCCUCCGCUCACGGAAUACAACAUGAGCGAUGGCCCCUACGCACUCAUUCUUGCGCCAACUCGUGAAUUGGCACAGCAGAUUGAGAAGGAAGCCAAGGCAUUUGCUGAUCCUCUCGGCUUCAGCGUCGUGUGUAUCGUCGGUGGGCACUCGCUUGAGCAACAAGCAUUGGCCCUUCAAGCCGGAGCCCACAUUAUAGUAGCCACGCCCGGUCGUCUAGUUGACUGCAUUGAAAACCAGUUUGUUGUUUUCCAUCGCUGCAGCUACUUGGUCAUGGACGAAGCCGAUCGAAUGAUUGAUAUGGGUUUUGAGGAGCCGGUAAACCGCAUCCUUAGUGCGCUGCCCUCAGUCGAGAGAACUGACCCCGGAGACGGGGUGGACCUUCCGGGGUGGUCGAUGCCGCUGGCGGUCAGAGGCGGAGCGAGACAGACGAUGAUGUUUACAGCUACCAUGUCGCCUCGCGUGGAGAAAAUUGCGGCCAAGUAUAUGCGACAGCCAGCAGUGGUGACCAUUGGCAGCUCGGACGAGGCUGUCGACACGGUCGAACAGCGCGUCGAGUUUGUGGCCGGAGAGGCGAAGCGCCUCAACCGCCUUCAAGAAGUCUUGUCGGACCCGAACCUCAAAUCGCCCGUCAUUAUCUUUGUCAACGUCAAACACAACUGCGAUGCUGUGGCAAAAUCUAUUCGCAAAAUGGGCUGGAGCACAGCAACUCUACACAGUGGCAAGACGCAGCAACAGCGUGAGGCGGCCCUCAAGGAUGCUCGAGAAGGCCGCACCGACGUGCUGGUAGCAACGGAUUUGGCCGGACGAGGUAUCGACGUUCCAGACGUUUCGCUUGUCAUCAAUUUCAACAUGGCGAACUCGAUUGAGAGCUACACGCAUCGUAUCGGUCGUACCGGUCGUGCAGAUGAUCUCCAAGAGCCCUGUGUCAAGGGUGCCAGAGGACCUUGCGAGACAUGA